AUGUUAAUGAAUGGGGAUACAAGUUCAAUUCCAUCAUUGAAAUCUGAUAAUGAAGAGUUUUUACCUCUAAUUAAAUAUUUAAUUGAAAGUAGAAAUACAACAGUUUAUCAAUGGCGAACUCGUGGUCAUGUGUCUGCGAGUGUUAAACGACCACCAUUAAAUUAUAAAUUCAUAGAGGCAGCAGAAGUUAAUGAAGAAGAACCAAAUAUUAUUUUACGAUUAGAUGAUGAUUUAACAACAACAAUGACUGAAGGAAUUGCAGUUAAACAAACAGUAAAUCAAACUGAUGUUGUUGAUUUUGAUGCGGAAACGGAAAUUGAUUGA